AUGCUUUUUUUAUUACUGCUACAAAUAGUAUACAGUGGAUUAAUUGAAACACUUGAUUACUCUAUUAAUUAUCUGAACAUUGGUUAUACCACUUAAUUAACUUUUACUUUCAGACUUUAGAGUGGAUUGGGAAAGUCAGGUUAUUUAAGUCUUAAAAUCCCAUUCUAAAUUGAAGCUACAGUUGUAAGUACAGUUCCACAAGGAGUUGAUGUCAUAUAUAAUGAAGUUAGCACUACUGAUUGCAGUCCCAUUUCUAAAUUUCCUGGGGCUUUGUUUAAAGAUGGUGGUGGGUGGUACCAUGUGAAAUUUCUGAAUUUAGAUGGAGAUUCUAGAGCUUUAGAAGCAAAUACAUAUUACAAAGUCAGCAUAGUAUCAUAAACCCCUUUUAGCAAUUAAGUAGCAUAAAUUUUGACUCCAAUAGAAGCAUUAACAAUAUAAGAUUUCAAUGUAGUCAAUUGGAUAAAAUAUGAUUUCAAUAGAGCGUUUGCAUUGAUUGAAUUUACAGCAAUUCCUCCGGCAACAUUAAUAUCUAGUUUUACUCUUUAAUCUUCAACUCCAACAUUAUUAGAUUAUAGACAUUCAUUAUUAGUUUAAAUAACUCCAACAAUUCCUAUAGAUAGAAAGGCAAGAAUAGUAAUUCUGAUGACAGAUAAUGAUUAUUAAUUUUAAGGGGAAUAAUGUACAUCAGAAUCAUAUAAGGAUGCAAAUAAUACUGAUAUAGCAGCAUUGACAAGUUCAUAAUAUUCUUGUCAAAUAGAAAACAAUAUAUUAACUGUUCAUUUAUAUUAGUUAUUGAAUACAACUUUAAAAUUUAGUUUUAGUAUAAAGAAUCCAAAAUUUGUAAAAUUAGCUGGAGGAGGAUUUUAAGUUAUGACAAUGUUUUCAUAUGCAAAUCAAAUAGUAGAAUAGGUGAAAGUGUUGAAUAUUUUAUCUACUUCUGCUUUGACUUGGGGUCCCAAUAAUUAAAAUUUGGUGAUUCAAUUUUUAUGGGGAUUAUAAUUGUAAGAUAAAACAUUACCAUAACAAUUAAAAAUUAUAAGAGAUACUAGUUAAAAUCCCUAUUUUAAUUCAUUUAAAUUUUUAUUUUAUCCAUCAAGCACAACUCCAUUAAAUUUAAAAUUGAGAGUGAUAUUAAAUUUAAAUUCAGAUAUAGGAUCUAUGAUUUUAGAAGGAAGUUUAUAGGAAAACUUACCAUAAUUUGAUAAAAACCCAGUAUAUUGUAGUGUAACAAAAGUAUAGCCAAUGAAAAUAAUAUGUUCAAAUGUAGGAACAUUAAAUGUAGAGAGUCGUUAUUUUAUAGGAAUAAGAAUGUCAUUUCCAUAUUAGGCAACACCAGGUGAUCUUCCAGCAGAUUUUGGAUCAAUUUAAAUAGAAUCUUCUUCAAAUGGAAUAACAUAUGAUAGUAUACCUUUAAUUCCAUCCGGUAGAGAUUAAUUAGCUAGUUAUUCAACUUUGAAUAGCAUAGCAAUUAUAAGUUCAAAUAGUGGGAAUGGAUUUACAUUUGCACAUUCAUAGAAAUAUUCAGAUCCAUUUGCAUGUCCUACAUCUUCAUCUUUUGGUUUAUAAUAUGCAGAUCAUUAAUAAAGAUUAAUAUUUACAGCCAGACCUUAAAUUACUAGUUUUGCUCCCUCUGUAACUUCUAGAUCAGUAGGCUAUUAUUUAUAUACUAAUCCAAAAAUUAAAAAAGGAGAUACAAUAAUAUCAGCAGAGAGUCCUCUUUAAUUUACUCCUCCUUUAACAUGUUCACCUACUCCUGCAGGACAUUCAGCAGCAGAUUUUGUUUUUCCUGUUGAACAAUAUUAUGUUAAUGUUCUUAAUGAUAAUUCAAAAUAUACAGUUAUAAUAUUGACUCGAUUACAAAGUGGCAGUGCUACUUUUUAAAAUGUUUUUGGAGGUAAUGCUGCAAAUAACUUAUAUUCUGUUUCUAUUGGACCUGUUUAUAUCUAAAACAAUGGAUCCUAAUUUUGUAAUGAAGAUUUGAUUGAUUUUAUUGGAUUUACUGUUGAAUUAGGACUUGAAAGAAAGCCUACAGUUCCUAUUUCAGGAAUUAUUGCUGCCAAUUCUUAUACAUUAAGUGGAUUUAAUCAAAUGAAUAAUCUUUAUAUAUCUAUUUCCAAUUUCUGGACAGGAACUACCAAUAAAUUAGAUGGUUCUCUCUUUCCUGCUUUUAUUAGAGUCACUGGUUUCUUAGAAUAAUCUAUUGUUGAAAAAGCAGCUCGAUUAGCUAUAUUCUUUAAUAAUGUAUAUUUUUCUUGUAUCUCUAGUUAUCACCAUUUAAUGAAGAAUUAUCUCCUGAAGGUAAAUAAUAUGUAUCUUGUUCCUCUACUUUAAAUAAAAAAUAGAAAUGUUUUGGUUAUGUUGGUAGUGAUGAUUCAACUAAUGCUUUUCAAUCUGUCUAUAAUCUUCAUAGAAUAGAAUUCAUAUUAGAUGAUACAUUCUCUAAAAGUGGACCAGCAUCACCAUUUUAAUUAGUUAUUCCUGUAAGUACUGUUAGAAAUGUUAAUUAAUUGACUUUCUUCAUAGCUACUAUUUCAUCAAAUAAAGAUGAUAAAGUUUACAGUUAAUUCAUUUCAUUUAAAAGUUCAUUAAUUACUUAAACAAUGAAUGCUCCUGCUCUUAUUUUAGUUGAUCCUGUUAAUGCUGCUAUUACUAAAACUGGAUAGAGCUAUAAAUUAGAUCUUAUUAAUUAUGCACCAACAGUUGGAUAAUCAGAUUCAGAUGCUAAAGUAUAUUACGGACAUACGCAAGCUACUCCUGUUAUCUCUCCUAAUUCGGCAAACUUAUAAGGGGCAGCCUUCUUUUAUUAAGGUAAAUGGAAUAUGAUAGGACCUAAUUUCAAAACUAAAGGACUCAUAUUAAAUCCAGCCUUAACUUAUGAAUAAAGAUGUGUACCUUAUAAUUAUAAUGAUUUCUAUGGAUUCUUAUGUCCUAUGAUAGGAGAUACUGUUAUAACUUCCAUCUCUUAAUAUAUUGAAAUUGAAGGAUUUAAUUAUCCAGACAAAGGAGUUCAAACUCCUACUGGAGGUUAUUCUGGUUGGAGUGAUAAAAAUGGCAAUUUACAAUCAUAUUCUUCUGAAUCAGUAAGCACAAUAAUAGCUGGUAGAAUGCAAAUACCUUUAAAUAUAUUCCCAACUAUUUAAAGAGGCUAUCAAGAUUAGAUUGUCAAAUGGAUAUUUACAACAGUGAAUAAUAUUCCAAAAGAUGGAUAUGUUUCUCUUGCAUUUACAACUGGAUCAUGGCCUUUUUCAGUAUCAUCCUCAGGUUAUUGCUAAUUAAGAUCAAGUUCAGAGGCUAAAUAAAUUCCUCAUACAUGUACAAUAACCAAAACUGAUGGAGUUGAAAUAAGGUUUACUUUUUCUGCUUCAUAAGCAUUUCCACCUGAUACUUAUACAAUUGUUUAAUAUGGAAUUAAUAUGCCAGACUCAAGUUCAAAUGAUUAAACCUAUACUAUAAUUACAUAUACAAUUUUAAAUGUAAUCAUUGAUUCCACUUCAGUAGGAGCAGGAACUUUAAAAUUUAAUAAUACUCCUCUCAUUCCUAAAGUUGAAGUUGGAGAUGUUGAAUUUGAAAGAAUGAAUAAUGGUAUGAGAGGUUAAUUCUAAUUCAAAUUCAAAUUAAUAAACCGUGGAAUCUUAUUUAAUCAAUUCAUAAACUUUGAUAUUACAAUGAUUGCUUCAAGUACAGUGUCUAAAUCUCAUUGUUCUAUUUUAAAUCAUGAUAAAUCCUAAAAUUUUGAUUGGAAAUCCUUUGAAGGAAGUUCAUUCACAUUAAUAACAAUUAGACCUGUUAGUGAUUUAAAUCCAGGCGUUCAAUAUAUUUUUAGAUGUUUUAAUAUAAUGACUCCAAACAAUUAUAUUGCUCCUCUUGUAAAGGUUUUAAGUGGUUCAACAAUAUUAUCUCAAGGAACAGCUACCAAUACUCCAUUAACAUUUGAAGAGACUCCCUCUCUUUUAUCAACCACUGGACUUACAUUAACUAAAACUUAUCCAUUAGCCUAUGCUAUGAUUGAACUUAAACUAGACUUAGUAUUAAGCUAACCUUUUGACUAGAAAUCUACUAUUUAUAUUAACCUACCUUAUUAUUAUAAUUCUUUUGACAAUAAGAAAAGUCUGAGUUGUUUGAUGAAUGAUGCAGAUUCAUAUUGUUAAUAUGAUAAUGAAAGAACGAUUUCAAUAAAAUUAUUUACUCUUACUAUAGAUUCAUUUACAAUAAUAAAUUUGGUUAUAGUUGGAAUCAUAUAACCUAUAUCUACAUAUAAUGAUGAUUAAAUAUUUAUAAUGGUAGAUUAUGAUGAAAAUAAAACUACAAUAAAUGAAUAUGGAACUUUAAGUGAUGUAGCAGUCUCAUCUACAGUACCUCUAUCUCUAAUAAUUAGAGAUUUUGAAAUCUCAAAUAUUGGAAUUAGAACUGAAUCAUAAUAUACAUAUUAUUUAACAACUUUAGGAAAUAUCUAAGUUGGGUAAUAUUUAGUAAUUGAUCUUCCAUCAAAAGAUUAUGGUAAAUUAGUAUAAUUAAAGCCUCCUGUUUCAUGUAGUGGUAUUUUAGAAAGUGAUGGAAUAACUUCAAUAAUGUCAAAAUGUGAAACUUUAGGAAAUAGAAUUCUAUUACAAUUUGAAGGAGUUCUGUAAGCCAAUACAAAAUAUAUAGUAAAAAUAACUGGAAUGACCAACAUGGAGGCAUCAUCUUGCUUUAUUGGAUUACCUAUAUUUAGUUUGAUCACUUAAGAUAAAACUUAAAUCCAAUAAUUAUCCACUUAUGUUUAUGGCAAUAUUUAACAAUUUAAACUAGUAGCAGAUAAUUAAAUGAAUACAAUCUAUUGGAAAGAAGAAACACAGACAGAUAUUAAAUACACAAUUGAUAACAAAGAUGAAAUUUUAAGAUUGAAUUAUAAUGAGUUGGUUUUAAAACCAGGUUAAUACAGUUAAAUUAUUUCACUUGGAUAAAAAAAUAGUGGUUAUGAUAAAAAAUUGAGAUUUAGUAUCAAUUCCAACAGUGGUUUUUUCAAAGUCAUCAAUGAUCUGGUAGUAUAUCCAGGAGAUGGAAAGGCUUUAACAAGAAUAGGUUGUUCUGGAUCAACAAAUCCUUAAUCUUAUUAUCUGUAUUUUUCAAAGGAAGAAUCAGAUAUACCCACAUACAGUGAAGCUGGAAUUAUCUAAGUCAUGAUUACAACAGUCAAAACAGAAAUUACCACACAAUUUUCUUCAUAUGAUAUACCAAUAUUCAUGAAAUCCAUUCCUGUAUUAAUUGAUUUUUCUCAGCAUAUUCCUGUUGAAGAUUUAUUAAUUGAUUUUGAAUUGAUUCCUUUUGAUGUUGAAAAGCCUGCUGGAUUAAAAUUUUAAUCAACUUCUGAUACUAAAAUGAAUGUUUAAGUAACUUAAGAAAACCUUAAAAUUACCUUCAAUAUUGUUUCAGAUAUUGAAGUACCAGACAUUGAUAAAUUAGAUUCUAUUGAUUAUUAUUAUAGCACAUUACUAAUGACUUUCAGUGGCAAUUCAGCACCUUAUUAUUCUUAAUCACCUACUUAAACAAAAUUCAAAUUAGUCAAAGAUAAUACUGAUGCACUUAAAAAAAUUGGAUGUAUAUACGCUAUGUAAUUUAAUCAAUUAUCUGAUUAUUCUAAUAAAUAAAUUAUUACAUUUAAAUCUGAUUAAGAUUUGAUUAUUUAUUAUCAUGCAAUCAUGCUAAAUGGAUUUGAGAGACAAUUUGAUGAUGUUAAGUUAUUUUCAGAAAAUAAUACAGAAUUACGAUAUUCAGAUUACUAUUAAGAAUAAUUUGGGAUUGUUUAUUUAAAAGGAUAGAAUGAUUAUGUUUUAGAAUUAAAAAAAUUAAAGUAAUGUAUUAUUUAUUUUUAUAGGGCAAGAACAUGGUAUAAAAUUAAAAGUUGGGCUAUCAAUCUUUAUGAUAUGAAGAAUGAAACGAAUUAUGUGGAAUUCUUCACUUAAAACAAUGAUGGUAGAUUAAUGAAAUUGACAUUUCAUUUUGGAACUGAUUUGAAUAUUGAAAGUAAAAAAGCAAUAGCUUGUUGGCUCUGUUAUUCAUUAGCCUAUCCUUGUUAUAAUGUAUUAAGCUUCGAUGCAAUAUUUUGCAGUAGUGCUAUUAAUAAAGAUUUAUCAUAUAAUUCAACUGGUGUGUAUUCCUAAUAUAAAAUGCUUGAAGAGACUGAAACUAAUACUACUACAGAUUAAGAAACAACAGAUGAAGGAAAUUAAAAUGAAGAGGAAGUAGAAAUUGGAAUUGAAACAUCUGUUUAAUAUUAUUUCAUUCCAAAUUAAGAUUUACCUAAUGAUGUGAAUUGGAAACAAGUUAUCGCAGCAGUCGAAGAUACUAAUUUCAUGAGAUAUUUUGUUGGUAAUUUAACCAAUUCCUCACGAUUAUUUUCAGUUGAUCCUCUAUAAGAAGUCACUUUUGAUUAAUCCCCAGAACUUAUAAGCACUAUUAAAUUCACUCGAGGUUUAACUUGGUUGUCUAUAUCAAAUAUUCGAUUAAGAUAAACUGGUUUAGUUUGGGGAUAUAUUACACCUAGAUUUAGUGCUGGCACUUAUGCUACUGAUGGACUUAAACCAACAAAUAUUUAAAUGAAGUAUUUUGCUAAUUGUCUAAAUCAAUCAAUAAGCUCCAAUUACUAUUUUAUUAAAUAUUAUUCAUCGGAAGUAAUUUAUCUUUCUAGAUAUCUUAGUCAAUUAGUCAUAAUUUCACUGAUUUGUAACCAUCUAAAUGGUACAAUAUAUACCUUAUUGCCACUUAAGAUAGCCCUAGUCUUUGGACUGAAACUUCACCAGUAUAUUCAUUUACUAACAAAACUUUACGCAAACCAUUUGAUGAACCUGCAACAAAAUAUGUAAAAAUUUUAUUAUCUGCAAUUAUAAUUUGGUUAAUUUCAUGA